AUGUCGAAUACUGAAAGAGAGCAGAUGAAUCUCAACAGUCCGCCCCCAGCACCACCACCACCCGAGAUUCCUGGCUCAAAAACCUCCAGUUACAUCUUCAAACUCAGAACCGCCCCUUUGGAUUACUUUUUCCAAGCACCAAACCCACCCCAGUACGUGAACUUGUUCGACGCACCUACUGGGCCCUAUUUUUUCUAUGGCACGUUGACCGACCCCUCUAUGGUUCGUGAAAUUUUGGGGCUGGAAACCGAACCUGAGCUACGCCCAGCACGUUUAUCGGGCUAUGAGUGCAAGCUGUGGGGGCAAUACCCUGCACUGUUGGAUGCUCCAGGCUCCAUAGUUGAGGGCGCAGUGUAUCAUGUUAGAACGGUUGAACAUGGGGAGAGGCUUGCGGCAUAUGAAACAAAAAACUACCAAGCUGGUCCUUGUCGCAUCCGUUAUACUGACGGGAAGGAGCCCUCGGACGAUGUCGGAUAUACAUUCAAAUUCAAAGGGAAUCAGAAGGAUUUGAGGGAGGGAAUUUUUGACCUGGGGGUCUGGUUGGAAAGAAUGGGAAGACUUGCAGCGGUGGAAAAGCUCGAUGCCAAGAAGAGCACUGACUGA